AUGGCUGCUUCUCCCGUAAAUGUGCCCCAGGAUCCGUUGACAUUCAGGGAUGUGACUGUGGACCUGUCCCAGGAGGAGUGGGAAUGUCUGGACUGUGCUCAGAGGGCUUUGUACAUGGAUGUGUUGCUGGAGAAUUACAGCAAUCUAGUCUUUGUAGAGAACCAUCGUAUAUGUGGAAAUUAUGAAAAAUUCCUGGAUCAAGGCUCAGAGCAUAUUGUCCAUAAUGAUCAUGUGACUAUCCCAGAGAUUUCUUGUAAAUGUAAUGAACUGGGCAAAAUGAUUCAUGAAUCCUUCCGAUCUACACCUUAUGACACAGGCGAUACUCCAGAAAACUAUAAUAAGUUCAUGUGUGGCAGCCACAAGGAUGCUGCUUCUGAGUCAUCAGUCAUAGAAAGACAGAAAAGUGGGGACUCUGGAGAAGAACCUUGCAAAUUUAAAGACUGUGGAAAUGGUUUAAAUUUGUUUCCUAUCAGUCAAAAUCAAAGGAUCCCCUCAAGCCUCAGUAUACACCAGAAAAAUCAUCCUGCAGAGAAACCCCACAAAUGUAAAGCCUGUGGCAAGUGCUUUUAUCACUUGUAUCAGGUUAAAUACCAUUUCAAAACCCAUACGGGAGAGAGAGCUUACAAAUGCAGUGAGUGCCACAAACGCUUCAGUCAGCUGACACACCUGAGAAGCCAUCAGACAAUUCAUACAGGGGAGAAACACUACAAGUGCGAUGAAUGUGACAAAAGCUUCAGCCGCCUGACGUACCUAAGAACGCAUCAGAGAAUUCACACAGGAGAGAAACCUUACAGAUGCAGUGAGUGUGAGAAGUGCUUCAUCCAGAAAGCCCAGCUUACAAUCCAUCAGAGAAUCCAUACGGGAGAAAAGCCUUACAAAUGCAGUGAAUGUGGGAAAUCCUUCACGUGUUGCUCUGGUCUUAGAAAACACCAGCGAAUCCAUACGGGGGAGAAACCUUACAGAUGCGGCGAGUGUAAGAAGUCCUUUGCCAGUGGCUCAGAUCUAAGACGACAUCAGAAGAUUCACACUGGGGAGAAACCUUACAAGUGCAGUCAAUGCGACAAAUGCUUUAUUCAGAAAGUCCAACUUAGAAUACAUGAGAGAAUUCAUUCGGGAGAGGAACCUUACAAAUGCAGGGAGUGCGUCAAAGCCUUCACCCACCUGUCAGGUCUAAGGAAACAUCAGAAAGUUCACUCUGGAGAAAAUCAGUACAAAUGUACAGAAUAUGGUAAGUGCUUUUAUUAUUUAUCAAAGUUUCAAAGACAUUUCGGCAUCCACAUAGGAGACAAGUCUUACAAACAUAGAGAAAGUGACAAAUCUUUUAUUGAGAAAUGCAAUCUUACAUAUCAUCAGAGAAUCCACACAGGAGAGAAACCUUACAAAUGUAGUGAAUGUGACAAAUCUUUUUCCAAGAAAGACCAUCUUAGAACUCAUGAGACAAUCCACACAGGAGACAGACCUUACAAAUGUAGUGAAUGUGAUAAAUCUUUUACUGAGAAGUCCCAUCUUACAGUUCAUCAGAGAAUCCACACAGGAGAGAAACCUUACAAAUGUAGUGAAUGUGACAAAUCUUUUUCCAGGAAAUACCAUCUGAGAACUCAUGAGAGAAUCCACACAGGAGAGAAACCUUACAAAUGUACUGAAUGUGACAAAUCCUUUUGCAGGACAGAUGAACUAAGAAUUCAUCAGAGAAUCCACACAGGGGAGAAAUCUCACAAAUGUAGUGAAUGUGACAAAUACUUAACCACAAAACACAGUCUUAGAAUUCAUCAGAGAACCCACACAGGAGAGAAACCUUACAAAUGUAGUGAAUGUGACCAAUCUUUUUCCAGGAAAGACCAUCUGAGAACCCAUGAGAGAAUCCACACAGGAGAGAAACCUUACAAAUGUACUGAAUGUUGCAAAUCUUUUUCCAGGAAAUACCAUCUGAGAACUCAUGAGAGAAUCCACACAGGAGAGAAACCUUACAAAUGUACUGAAUGUGUCAAAUCCUUUUGCAGGACAGAUGAACUGAGAAUUCAUCAGAGAAUCCACACCAGAGAGAAAUGUCACAAAUGUAGUGAAUGUGACAAAUACUUAACCACAAAACACAAUCUUAGACUUCAUCUGAGAAUCCACACAGGAGAGAAACCUUAUAAAUGUAGUGAAUGUGACAAAUCUUUUUCCCAGAAAUGUCUUCUUAUAGCUCAUCAGAGAAUACACAGGAGAGAACCCUUACAAAUGUUGUGA